AUGUCCAACCAAACUACGUGGUCUGAGUUCCUUCUCCUGGGAUUCUCUGACGUUCGGGAGCUGCAGAUUUUACACUUCACAGUGUUUUUAGUCAUUUACCUGACAGCCCUGAUGGGGAAUCUUCUCAUCGUCACAGUUAUAACCCUCGAUCGCCACCUUCAUACCCCCAUGUACUUCUUCCUGGGCAACUUAUCCAUCCUAGACCUCUGCUACAUCUCAGUCACUGUCCCUAAAUCAAUGGCCAGCUCCCUAACCAACACCAGACGGAUCUCUUUCUCUGGCUGUGUCACCCAAGUCUUUUUGGUUGUGUGCUUUGCUGCUGCGGAAAUGGCCUUCCUUACGGUGAUGGCAUAUGACCGCUAUGUAGCCAUCUGCCUUCCUCUGCGUUACAGAGAAAUCAUGAACAGAAGUGCCUGUGUCCAGAUGGCAGCUGGUUGCUGGGUCAGCAGCACAAUCUAUUCAUUGCUUCUUACUGUCAAUACCUUCAGGCUGCACUUCUGUGAGUCCAAUGUGAUCGGUCAGUUCUUCUGUGACAUCCCACAGCUGCUAAAAGUCUCCUGUACUAAUAUAUGUGACCAUGAAAUUUUGCUUCUUGUCUGUUGCUCAGUCUUUGUCUCCAUGUUCAUUAUUUCCAUAUUUGUGUCUUAUAUUCACAUUUUCUCCACUGUGCUGAGAAUCCCCUCUGCACACGGCAGGUACAAAGCCCUCUCCACCUGCCUGCCCCACCUGAUUGUGUUUUCUUUAUUUAUGUGCGCCACCAUGUUCACCUACAUGAGGCCAGAAUCAAUGUCCUCACUGUAUCUGGACCUGCUGGCUGCCGUGUUCUAUUCUGUAAUGCCACCACUAUUGAAUCCCAUGAUUUACAGCCUCAGAAACAAGGCGAUAAAACAUGCUUUGGGGGAAAUGAUAGGAAUGAUAUUUGGCAUGAAGAAAAAUUAA